CGUAAACUCCCUACUUUUGACAGAGUUGAACGGCAGGUAGGGGUAAGGAUGAGGAAGAUACACCUACAGCUAGAAGUCCUAAAUCAACCACGUGAAUACCUGUGCCGAUUGUCCUUGAUCGUUCGGCAAAAAAAGAUACUCAGUUAAUGGCUACUGAGUUCACUGAGCUAUUCUUUGGCAUCGCGCCAUUUUCAAUGGUGACAUUCACCUCGAAUCACUGUCACCUACAUCCUCAGGCUUAGCGACUGAAUGGCUAAAACCGGUACGACUGGCUGAAUAUGCGGAAGUUCAAUUUUUUGAGGAAAGUUUUGUUGGACGACUCUGGGACCGAGGUCACCAAUGGACAUCGACUUUCCAAAAAUUAUGACCUGUUUUUUGGAGUCUUUCUUCCAUCAGAAUUAUUAGUCAUCGUCGCGCCGGAAUAUCAGCGCACGUUACAGUUUAUGCUCGUUGCCGAUCCGAAUGUACCGUUACGCGGAUGGCCUUUCCUUUUUUUCCCCUGCAGCGCAUCACCGCCGAGGCAAGUUCAAUCUUCAGUAGGUUUAAGUAUAGGCAAUAACCCAUGGGUGUGGCUGAUAACAUCGUUAUGCGUGAGUGGAGUCUGUGGUCCUGGGAUGUCUCUGUGGAGGGAGGAAGUAGACGAUGUUAAAUUAUAUAUUCCCAGGAAGGCUGUUCUGAGGUCAGACGCCGCAUGGGUCAAGGAACACUUCAAAGAUGAUCUCACAUACGAGAAUAUCCUCGUAACAGCCCCCAACGUCCUGCAUCCUGAUGUUCUGGGUGUGAUAGCCGAGAUAGAGGAUGUAGUGAAGAGAAUAGUAGUCGAUGGCCAGUCGUGGUCGGACAUGUGCGCCAGAUACAUGACUUGGUUCUCGAAUGUUACCUCAAUGGACGAGCUGGAGAGGGACUACCCUGUAAUUGCCUAUAGUCCCUUCAAGGACUUCCUGCAACAAGACCAUUGUAUAUAUCAAUCUAUAUUGAAAUUGUGGCCGAAUGGUACGGCCAAUUUGACUGCUAAUGACAUAUCCAGAGAUGUAACUGCUGCUCUCCAAGAAAUAAAAAACGACAAUGGCAUAUUAAUGGAUAUAUCACCUUUACUCACAACCCUCUCCUACGACACAGCCGGCACCGUCAUAGGCGCCAAUGCAACGUUAUUAAAUUUCCUUAUGAAGAAAUCAAGCCCACACUUACCAGCUUGGGAAUUGAAAUUUAUCGAAAAAAUUCUCCAUUCAAACCGCACAAUGCCCGCUGGAAUGAAAAUCUAUGCAUUGUCAUCACGAAGUUUCCACGAUAUCCUGAAUCGAGUAGUGGAAAACAACCUGGCAAUUCUGUUCUGUGGUCCUCUAUUAAUUAUCAUCUACGUCAUGGUGAUGAUUGGUAAGUGCAAUAAAGUUCAACAGCGAGUGUAUCUGUCACUAUUGGGUGUCUCAGUGACUGGACAAGCAAUAUUAUCAGCGUACGGUGUUUGCUUUUACUUGGGCUAUUCGUACGGACCACUCCACCCAAUUCUCCCAUUUCUACUCCUUGGAAUCGGUGUCGACGAUAUGUUCGUGAUAAUUCAGAGCCUGGAGACGUUGACAGAGACGGAAAAGACAUUAUCACUUCAUCUGCGCAUAGCAAAGUCCCUGGAACAAUCGGGAAUGUCUAUAACGGUAACGUCAUUAACGAAUAUCCUGGCUUUUGCCAUUGGGAUGACCACAGCUAUGCCAUUUCUCAAAUCAUUCUGCAUGUUCGCCGCAAUGGGAAUAUUAUUUUUAUUCUUAUUCGAGAUUACGUUCUUCGUGAGUUGUCUUGUACUCGAUGAGAGACGAGCCCAGUCCAACAAAGACGGAUGCAUUUGCAUAAGUAGAUCGAAUUGGCGGCCCAACGAGUGCAGCCAGAGGAGCGUACAGCGCUUGAUUUUUCAGGAAUUUAUUGGGCCCUUCUUAAUGAAGCCAAAAGUUAAAUUCUUCGUCAUCACUUUGACCAGUUUACUACUGGCUCUCAAUGUCUGGGGUAUCUGCAGACUCAACCGGAAUUUUGAUCCCCUGUUGUACUUGAAUCAGGAAUCUUAUCCCAUAGAAUUUUACGAUCAACUUGUGGAGCACUUUCCGAAUUAUGGCAGAAGAGCCGAUAUAUAUUUUGAUGGUGUCGAUUAUUGCGAGGAUAGAGGGGCUUUGGGGGAAAUGAUGAGAAAACUCAAGAACAAUAGUUAUGUUAAUAAUCGGACCUUGAACUCGUGGUUUGCGAGCUAUGAAGAGUGGCUGGAGGAUAGAUAUCAAGGUAUUGGAGAUUGCGAUGAAUAUUAUGGAAAACUCUCGGAGUUUCUGUUUAUGACGAAGGAGGGACAGGCCUUUGUUAAAGACAUGAAAUUCGAUGGAAUUCCUAUAAGCGAUUAUAACAUUACGAUAACUAAAAUUGGACUGCAACACGUGAUGAUUCCUACGGCAAAGGAACGAGAGGAAGCAAUGAAGUCCGUUCACGAUAUCGUCACGAGUGCAAAUUUCUCAAAGGGCAGGCACACAGCAGUUUUUGCUCACGACUACGUAUAUUGGACAGCAAAUCAAAUAAUUGGUGAGGAAUUGACUAGAAAUUUGGUCCUAGAAAUUAUGGCAGUGGCUCUGGUGAGCAUAUUAUUACUGCGCGAUUUAUGUGUAUCCUUUUGGGUAAUUUGUUGCGUACUCUUUACACUAAUUGAUCUACUGGGCUCAAUGUAUUAUGUGGGAUUAACUAUUGAAGUUUCAUCGAGUAUUAUGAUUCUACUCUGCGCCGGACUAGCUGUUGAUUAUGCAGCACAUGUGGGAUUAGAAUUUACAAGGGCCGGAGGCACCAGAAAUGAGAGAUCAAUUUCUACUCUGGGAUUAAUAGGACCCGCAGUAUUCAAUGGAGGCUUGAGUACAUUCCUGGCUUUUAUGUUGUUGGGCGCCAGUAGAGAAUAUCUCUUCAGUACAUUUUUCAAGUUAUUUGGAGCAGUCGUUGUAUUCGGUUUGUUCCAUGGAUUAAUGUUUCUCCCUGUAAUACUUAGUCUACUGGGAGCUGAGAAAAAAAAGGAUAAAAAAGCCGAGAAUACAGCGUGGGAACCUAAUAAAUAUUGCACACUCCCACUUCCACUUCCCAGCAAUGCGAAUGCGAAAUGAAUUUAUUUUCGUUCGCUGCACAGGUUUAAAUGUUUAAAGAUUUUCCACUGUGAUCAGCAAUUGAUUGUUAACAAUUUGUAGGAAAAAAAGACUGGUUAGGAUUAAUAGGACCCAAGUAGAUGAAUAAAUUGUAUUGUCGAGUUAUU